CAUCAGGUGCAAGUAAAAAAAAUGUGUGUUUAAUGUCAACGGUUUUUUUUUGGUUCAUUUAGGGCCCCUUAAUAACAUUUACCACUGCCCCCCCACGAAAUCGCUUAAUCCGGCACUGCCCUUACUCCUUGCACCGCCCACCGCACAAGGUCGAGUACAGCCACACGGGUGGCACGCGGGGUGGGAGCACGUGGAGGCUAUUGGGCUGGGGGCGAGCUUCCUCCUUUGGGGGCAGUCGCUCCGAUUCGCCGUACCCCUUGGGACACGGCUCUGGCCGUCCACCAACACAGCAACUCGCCAAUUCGUUGACGAGUCCACGCAACGGCUUCCGUCGCGCGAGCCGCACGGCGAGGCUCACGAUUCGCGCAUCGGAUCGACCACCGCCACCCCCCACCCCCCCGCAGCGAGAACGGCCACUGCGUCCCAUCGCUGAGAGAGGGAACGGAUUCAAGAGGCGUGGGAAUCCACAGACAAGCGGCAGGGUAGAUCAGAGCUGGCUGCCAACAAUCGGCCGACCUCGGGUGGUUCCGAUAUUUCAACGUUUGGCCAACUGCACGUCGUGAGCUGUUUAUUUAGCACACGUGGGAGGGAACCCGGUGUCGUCGUCGUCGUUGUCAUCAUCACCACGCUCCACGUGGGGCAGACAGCCCGUUGAAGCAAAAUCGAAUCGGGGGGACCUCCGUUGAGAAGCGGGCACAAAUGGCGACGAACGUCGGAGGCUUGGUGGCGGUCAUCGUGUUUUACAUCGCCAUCCUGGCGACGGGCGUGUGGGCAUCACGGAAGUCCAAAAAGACGGAGAAGCGAUCCAGGGGCACACGGAGCGAGGUGGCCAUGGUUGGGGACCGCAACAUGAACGUCAUCGUCGGGGUCUUCACGACCACAGCCACAUGGGUUGGAGGGGCUUACAUCAACGGCACGUCGGAGGUCAUAUAUACUCCCGGAAUGGGCUUAGCGUGGAUGGAGGCUCCCAUCGCCAGUGCCGUCAGCCUAUUUGUCGCCGCGCUCUUCUUCGCAAAGCCCAUGCGCUCGCGCACCUACAUCACCAUGAUUGACCCCUUUCAAAUCAAGUACGGAAAGUGGAUGGGGUCAAUCUUCUUCUUCCCGGCAGUCUUCGGAGACCUCUUCUGGGCAGCCGCCACUCUCACCGCGCUUGGCUCGACGAUCAGCGUCAUUCUGGACAUCGACAGGACGCUCGCCGUGAUGAUGUCCGCCUUUGUUGCCAUCUUCUACACGCUGCUGGGAGGACUUUACUCCGUAGCUUACACUGACAUCAUCCAACUCUGCUUAAUCGCCAUUGGCUUGGUGGUGUGCGUGCCUUUCUCCAUGAUGAACCAGGCGGUGACCAACAUUGGCAACACCUUCACGCAGCCCCUCUACCAGGAGCCGUGGGUGGGCACCCUGAAACCCAGGGAUGUCACGCGCUGGCUUGACAACAUGGUCUACUUGAUCCUAGGGGGCAUUCCGUGGCAGGUGUAUUUCCAGCGCGUGCUGGCAGCGGGCUCUGUGUCCCAAGCCCAGUACAUCUCCUUCGUCUCGGCAUUCACCACCCUGCUGCUAGCCGUGCCACCGCUCCUCAUUGGCGCAGUGGCCGUCAGCACUGACUGGAAUAUGACCACCUACGGGUUGCCAACGCCUCACGAGCGGGGAGAGAACGGCAUGAUCCUACCCAUCGUGCUGCAGCACAUCUGUCCGUACUUCAUCUCCAUCCUGGGCAUGGGCGCCCUGGCGGCUGCUGUGAUGUCUUCCGCCGACUCGGCGCUUCUCUCGGCCAGUUCGCUCUUCACCAGGAACAUCUACGCAAAGCUCAUCCGUCCCAAGGCUUCCGACCAGGAGACGUUGUGGGUGCUGAGGAUUUCGAUUUUGGCCAUCGGCAGCAUGGCGAUGAUUCUGGCCAUCAAGACCGUGUCCACCUACAGCCUGUGGCUGCUGUGCGGAGACAUGGCGUAUGUCGUCGUUUUCCCCCAGUUCUGCCUCGUCCUCUUCUUCCAAGCCAGCAACAGCUACGGCCUCGUCGUAGGCUUCGUCCUGGGCCUCUUUGUGAGACUCACAGGCGGCGAGGCCCUGCUUGGUCUUCCCGCGCUCUUCCGCUACCCGGGCUACUACGAGGAAGGUGGCCUGGACUACCAGAUGUUCCCCAUGAAAACGCUUUCCAUGACGGUCUCUUUGCUGAGCAACAUCGGCGUCUGUUACCUCACGCGCCACCUCUUCCUCUCCAAGAAGCUGCCGGCGCGGUUCGAUUUCUUUAACGAGUUCGGCGGACUGGGCAAGGACCCUGCGGGUGGGCCGGCGCCCUCCCCCAGCCCCCGGGGAACCGUCGAGCUGGCCGUAAUCUCGGACGAAGCGGUCGACCUCCAACACGAGAAUGGCAGGGAGGACAAGCCCGUGGACGUUCUGCCUCAGUGCAAGUAACUCGUCCGCAUCUACGAUCCGUAAAUGCGCACCAAUUUUGCUACCCCGGUUUACACCAGGAUGCGUUCCUGAAUACCAGAACGUACACAGGGUAGUACUU